UGAAUCCACUCCACUUUAAUAUGGACAACUUGCACAUCACAAAACAAUAUAUUUACUCCAUACCACCCAUUUUUUGGUCCUUUCUAGCAAACAUCAAAGCAUCCACAAGUAAGUCAGUAAGGAAAUAUGGAAGAGAAGGAUGAGAUAGCGAAGGAUGUCACAGAAGUAGUUCCCUUGCUGACAUCUUUCUUGCUUAUUGGAAACACCCCUAUGGUAUAUCUCAACAAAAUCGUUGAAGGUUCUGCUGCCCAAAUUGCAGCCAAAUUGGAGACAAUGGAACCAUGCUCGAGUGUCAAAGACAGGAUAGCAUACAGUAUGAUCAAAGAUGCAGAAGAUAAAGGCCUAAUUACCCCUGGAAAGUCUGUCCUCCUUGAGGUAACCGGUGGCAAUACCGGCAUUGGUCUUGCAUUUAUAGCUGCAGCUCGCGGCUACAAACUCGUGAUACUGAUGCCAUCAUCAUAUAGUCUUGAGAGAAGGAUUGUUAUUAAAGCUUUAGGGGCUGAGUUAUACAUCACAGAUCCAGCCAAAGGUUUAGAUGGUCUGCUUCAGAAGGCCCAAGAGAUUCUAGAUAGGACGCCAAACUGUCAUUUUUUCCGUCAGUUUGACAAUCCUGCCAAUCCAAAGAUCCACUAUGAAACAACUGGACCAGAAAUAUGGAAAAGCACAGAAGGCAAAGUUGAUAUUUUUAUUGCAGGGAUUGGAACUGGAGGCACCGUGACUGGAGCAGGAAGGUUCCUUAAGGAGAAGAAUCCAGAAAUAAAGGUAUAUGGUAUAGAACCAGCUGAAAAUGCAAUUCUAAAUGGAGGACAACUUGGGCCACACAAAAUCCAAGGAAUUGGUGCUGGUUUUAUUCCGCCUGUGCUCGAUCUCAGCAUCCUGGAUGGAGUUCUUCAAGUAUCUAGUGAUGAAGCAAUUGAAAUGACAAAGCUUCUUGCUUUGAAAGAAGGUCUGCUGGUAGGAAUAUCAUCAGGGGCUGCAGCUGCUGUAGCAGUACGAGUAGCAAAAAAGCCUGAAAAUGCUGGGAAACUUAUUGCGGUAUCUAGUGAUGAAGCUAUUGAAAUGGCAAAGCUUCUUGCAUUGACAUGUAGGAAUAUCAUCAGGGGCUGCAGCAGUAAAACUAGCAAAAGUGCCCGAAAAUGCUGGGAAACUUAUUGCGGUAAUCUUCCCUAGUUCUAGAGAGCGUUAUCUUUCCACCGUGCUGUUUAAUUCUAUUAGAGAAGAGGUGGAAAACAUGACUUUUGAGUAACUUUAUGCUUCUUUGGAUUGAGAGAUAUGGUAUUCAAGAAGGUAAAUGUUGUAACUUUAUAGCUAAAAUAAUAAAGAUCUCUGAACUGUAACCUCCUUGAUGAGUGAUAUAUUGUUCACGUAUACAUUCUUAUUAUUUGAAUGGUACAAAGAUCAAACUA